AUGAGGCAAAAACCAGCUAUACCUCUUCCUGUUCUUUCUUUAAUUUUACUUGUACAUCUAUCUACAGCAAACUUUCCUUCAAAACAUACCUCAAAAACGAAUGAUGUUGUAGAUAACAAAGCCCAAGAAUACUUUGGCAAAUUCGAACAAGUUUUUGGCGUUCAUGCGGCAAAAGGUAAGGCAAACAGAUGGUUAUCGUGGCGAGGAUCUCUUUGCUCUUAAUUAUGUUGAGUAAUUUAUAUAAUAUAAGUUAUUAUAACAUAAUAAAGAUCUUUCGGUAAUUAUGCUAUGUUUUUUUAAUUAGGAAGUUUAUGUAGUCUUUUUUAUGUAAUAGUCGAUGGUGCAAUAAUAUGACUUUGGUUAGGAAAAAAGACUAAGAAAUGUGCUUGUGCUAGUGAGGUAAAGGGCAUGGGCACGGCAAAGCUAAGCAGGGGCUAGGCAAAGAUAAAACAUUGGUACGCUAAAUGGUAGGGUAGAGUAGGGUAGAAUAGGGUGGGGUAGAAUGGGGUAGGGUGGGUUAGGGUAGGGUGGGGUAGGGUAGGGUAGGGUAGGGUAGGGUAGGGUAGAGUAGAGUAAGGAGGGUAGGGUAGGGUAGUUUUUAAUCAAAAUUAUAUCUUUCCAGAACGACCACACCCAACAAGGUACGAUGUAGCAUCACAACGUGAUGCUGUUCGCUACAUGCAUAAACUCUUCACAGCCAACGCAAAACAUCAAGAUUUGGGAAGCAAUUCGAUUAUUGCUGUUUUUCCAGACAAAGGUACGUUUUACUUGUUUCCCUUCGAAAAGUUUAGUAAAUUUAGUAGCGGGCGGGGUAAUUUUUAUUGAAAAGAAGGGGUUCUCAAAAAUUUUUUUUAAUUAGAAAAAUUUAAUUUUUUUUUAAUUACACCUGGCAUUCAUAACCAAAUUAAAUUUUUUUUCUGUGUUGUUUUACCUCGCCCAUCUCUUUACUGUCAGCCUUAAAACUUUGGAGAAAGAAGCCAGCCCAUCCGAAAGCCUAAUUUUGUAAAAACCAAUGUUUAUUUGCAUAAGAUUUAACAUGUUCAACCACUUUCCAAAAGUACUUUAAAACCUUAAGCCUUUGGAAACAAAGUAAUUAGUCGAUUUGUUUAUUUAAUCAAUAAAACGUCAGAUCUCUUGCGGUUUUAUGUUAACGAUGAUACGCUUUUUGAGGUGAUUAAUCGGCAGUCGUAAUCGGAGCGGACAACCGUUGCAAAACCGAAUUCUUUUAGGUAUUAAAAAAUUUGGUCAAAAAAAAGUUUGACUUACCGUCUAACAAUUAGUGUAAAAUACGUUGUUUGUAAGGAAAAAAAAUUUUAAAUAAAACACUUCAAAAUGCUAAUUAUAAUAUUAUUUUAGGUCCAAAAACCACCCUCACCUUCAACAUCUCUCACUUGGACCAAUCUUAUGUCAUUGACCGUGCUGAGCUUCAUCUGCGUACAAGAAAACCCGCUGACCUUCUGAACACUUACAUUGACGUUUCCUGCGCCUCAUGCUCUACAGAAUCUUCUUACCUCAAAGUUAACCCAACAUCUUCAGUUCAUCAACAUUGGCUUAGGUUCGACCUUACUGACCUUGUUGAUGAUGCUCUUCGUAACAGUCGCGGUAAAAUAUCAACCGACCCAAAACGAAUCUACUCUAACAUCAGCUUGCCAUUACCAUGGAAAUCCGCUUUUUUGACUGUAGAGGUCUACAAUUCUACAGUAAUCCAGAAGAAGAAUGAAGUAAAACAUAAGAAUGCCAAAAGGAGACACAAGAGGUCGUUGGAGGAUUACUACAGGUACAUGCCUACCAAUGAUGACAGUGAUGAAAACUCGAUUUUGCGCGGAGAAUACCGUGCUUAUCGUGCUGACGAUUCUUUGGAGCAGUUGAAAAGUCAUGAUGAGACGAUCUUUAAAAGAAACUACAAUAUGGUCAAGAAUGCUGGCCCUAGGAUUCUGCAGAGUCGACCAAAACAGCCGGUAAGACAUCUUUAAGUUGAUUUUGAAUAGGUCUGGGGGAGCUGGCGGAGGGGGGGGAGUUCUUGAUAAUUAAAGACGGGCGGGUUAUUUUGCAAAAAAAAGGGGGGAGGAUUAAAAAUAUUUUUUUUAAUUGAAAAUUUUAGAAAAAGAAAUACCGUAACAAGUUCAGCAAGAAUGAUCCGAUGAUGGGAUUUGGUCAGAACUAUGAUGAGUAUACGACUACUGAAAAGAUACCUUCACUGUCAUUCUUUGACAAUGAAGUGUCAGUUCAGCUGCUGGGACAGGACAAUGGAACCAAAAACAAACAUAAAGUUAGUUUUUACUACCCUACCCUACCCUACCCUACCCUACCCUACCCUACCCUACCCUACCCUACCCUACCCUACCCUACCCUACCCUACCCUACCCUACCCUACCCUACCCUACCCUACCCUACCCUACCCUACCCUACCCUACCCUACCCUACUCUACCCUACCCUACCAUUCCCUACCCUACCUUACCAUUCCCUACCCUCAUUUUCUAUCCUAGCUUUGCAAUUCCCUACCCUUGCCUUGUCCUACAUUGCCCUAUCCUACCCAAACCAGCUUUUGCCUUUCUCUUGCCUUAUUCUUUCGUGACCCUACUUUUUUCUUGUAAUACAGUAUUAUUCAAAUUUCCAGCAAUGCCAACGUCGAGAACGUACCGUGUCGUUCCGUGAGAUUGGUUGGGACAAAUGGAUCAUAGCCCCAAAAGAGUUCCCAGCUGAUUACUGUAGUGGAACUUGUGAAUUUCCAUUAGAACAACAACAUCAUGCUACUAAUCAUGCUCAACUUCAGUCGAUCUUACACACUUUGGGUGGAGAUAAAAGUGACAUACCUGAUGUAUGUUGUGCACCUCAAAAGUUGGAUUCUCUGACGUUGUUGUACUACGAUGAAAAUGGCAACGUUGUACUGAAAAGCUUUCCCAAAAUGGUCGUUUCUUCUUGUGGUUGUGUUUAA